UCACCCUCCAACUCAAAAGCACCUCGAGUCUUCCUCGACCCAGUCUCAGGCAGACGAAACGCACCCCAAACAACUCAGCCAACAUCCGUGCAGGCUUUCUCAAUAACCUCCCGCCUCCCUAGGUCGCCGCAGGGACCAGGUCGCCGUCUCCAGGCGCAAAAUUCUCUCUUUCUCGACUCUUCACGCGCCCUUCAGCCAUGACCGCCGUUGACACACACAUUGCACCCCAUAUACCGCUUCCCGUGCUUGACUCAGCACAAGGAGCACCGAGCGCAGGCACCACCGUCACCAAGGUGGAUUCUCCCGUUGACUCUAAUCCUCCCAAGCCCGCGACUCCAGCCCCGACCGCAACGCCAGUCGCAACCCCGCAACAACAUAAGCCAGCGACCGCAAACAUGGCUCCCGUCAAGCCUGGAAAAAUUCACCCGCGAAAUCACCCCAACCCUACUAUGACCUUCCCAGACCGCGUGGAAGGCUUCGUCGAUCUCGAAACCCUGACCAAGAUCCACAGCGCGCUCUGCGAGAGCCAAGACCCCGAGGACCGCCAACUUGCGUCAUGGGUCAAGGAGCAGUAUCUGUGGGAGCCGAUCGAGAACUCUGCAGCAGGCCGGCCCAUUCAGACCCGUGAAGGCUUCGGCAAGUUGGAGACGGCCUAUCGCCGCGUGCGCCACCUCACCAACCGGGCCCAGGAUAAGUGGCCUUUUUUUGACCGCAACUGGAAGUCGAUGAACGCAGCGAUGGUUAGGAAAGUCGCUAUGGGGGAGUUGGGCAUGGCUAGUCCUGCUCCUCAGGCCGCUCGAGGAUACCAGGCCGUAUCUAGGCAGAAUGGCUUUGUUGCUUAUCACGCCGCUCCAGAGCAAUUGACCACGACACCGAACAAUGCUGUCCAGCCGCCGACGCCCACCGUCAUUGAGAGCGUUGAUGCUAGUGGAGCAUCACGCGGACCGACACCCGCCUCCAACAUGAACGGUUCCUUCCAAGGAACACCCGCCCCAGAGGCUCCUCAGAAGGCAGCUGCGUCGGAUACAACCAAUCCCGCGCUUCCCACUCCUCCCACUCCUAUGGAGUCGACUUCCCGCGCGACCAGCGAGUCGAUGGGCAACUUUGCUAGCGCUGCGAUGUCCACAUCUGCCAGCCCUGAUCGCCCGCUGAUCGCCGCCGACGCCGAACCGGUCCAGACGAACCUCGAUGCCCUCCCCUCAUCCUCACUGAAGAGGAAGCGCGGUCGCGAGCGGAACGGAGAUGGGACCUUUAAGCCCGGCCCACCUAAGAAGCCGCGUGGGAGCCGAACUGGACGAGGAGGUGGCCGUGGAAGAAAGACACGAAAAUCAGAGGCACAGGUGCAGUCCGAGGAUGAAGCCAAUGUGACUCCAUCCACCUUCGACGUCAUCAUGUCCGAGAACGUUGAUGACAACGAGACUCCUGAGAUCCACACCACUCGUCGCUCCGCUCGUCUCUCUGGUGGGGAGGCUCCGGCUCAGACUGAACGCGCAACGUCCGUAGCGGAAGCCGGAAGCGAGGCAAUCGAGGAGGAAAAUCAUGGACUCCUAGAAUCGGCACUGGAAGCCUCUCAAGCGGCGCCAGAGAAGGUUGAUACAGCGAAGGCUACUCCAGCAAGGGUCACUCCAGCGACAACUGCUCCAGCGCGGGAGCUUAGCGAUGAGGAUUUCCUCAGGCUCGGUGUCGCUCACACCUCCGGCCGUCACAAGACCCCUGCGACCGCAACUCCUACUCCAUCGAUGCCCGCAACUAAUGAUCUCAGCAACGGCCCACCUCUAGCUGUCCUACCUACCCCCGUCGUUCCGGCCGUCCAAACUGCCCCCGCCGCCACCACCGCCGUUGAGUUCGUCGCGCGCUUUGACUCCCCCAAGGGCGUUAUCGAGAUUCCGGUCACUCCAUCCGCCCUCACCAGCGACCCGACCCUGCUCGCACGCAUCCAGCGGUACGCGAACUGGAAGAACGGCAAGGGAGCGAACGUGGAUCUUACCUUCGAGCUGUUCACCAGCGUCUUCGAGACGAUGUAAAGCAUGGACGGUUCUCCAAGCGAGCACAAGAUGAUGUCGAGGUAUCUAUUACUCCUCUAGAAAUUGAGAUUCGGAUGUACGAUAUUCGGCGACGGAGUGCGGUGCAUGGAGUUACGGGCAUUCGGCGUCAAGGACAUAGCUCUCUGGCUUCCAGCCUCUUUUAAGGUGGCUUCUCAUGCAUUUUCAUAGGCGAUUCAAAAUGUGGCCUUCCAGAAUGUAUUAUAUGCUGCACUCAUCUUUGACUCUAG